GGCCUCUUCAAACCCCACCCCCCUCCUGCCCUAAGCAGUAUUCAACAAAGAUGUUCCUUGGAGUCCUCACUUUCUAGCAGGAGCUUUGAACCAAUCCAAGAUUACUCCAGAAGAAAUAAACCCACCAAACCCUGAAUGCUGGAUCAAGGAUCCAGGCAGAAAAAGAUGCAGUUGGAAACUCUCUGGACUGUGCUGGGAUUCUGUCUUCUCUCAGCCUGUGUCUGGGGGCAAGACUUGGAUAACGAUGACAAGAACUACGAAUUUGGAGUCUACAUUUCAGGAACCGAAGUGACACUGACCUGCCCCGAGACAACGGAUGAGGCGAUAACAUGGAAGAAAAACAACAUUCCAUUAAAAGGCGUGGACACCCAUAUACUCACCCUAAAAGAAUCAGAGACCGAAUAUAGCGGCCACUUCCAUUGUAAAAGAAAAUCGUCAGAAGAUCAAGAAGGCUAUUUUCUCUACCUGAAAACAAGAGUGUGUGAUGGUUGCGUGGAGGUGGAGGUGCUGACCGUGGCUGGGAUUGUCAUUGCUGAUAUCUUUGUCACUCUGGGAGUACUGCUCCUGGUGUAUUACUGGAGCAAAGGGCGAAAAGCCAAGGCCAAGCCUGUUGGUCGAGGAGGAGGUGCUGGUGGCAGGACCAGAGGAGCAAACAGGGAGAAGCCUCCACCUGUUCCCAAUCCCGAUUAUGAGCCCAUCCGCAAAGGUCAACGGGACCUGUAUGCUGGCCUGAAUCAGAGAGCCAUCUGAGAACUCCUGAAGACCCUUUGCAUUUACUGCAGCCCCUAUUCUGGAAUUUCUACCUUGUGCUCUAUCCCCACUCCAGUCUGGGGCAUCCCAGAACUACAGGAUCCAAAAAGGAAAAUGAUUUUCUCUCCUAAAUGUUGAUUCCACUUCUAGAAAAACUGACUCAUCUGCCCCCACAGUCUUAACCUCAGCAACGUUCUUCUUGCCCUCCAUUCUAAUUCCCUGACCAUAGGGCAUAACUCUUCCCCUAGUGUUGAAUUAUAUUUGUAAGGUACAAAAGGCGUUAUCAUGGACACCAACCUUAGAGGAUCAACCAAAAGCUCUGGAACCUUUGAAUCCUUGCUUGUCCCUUUCGUUAUACAAUGUUUUUGUGGUCUGCUCUACCUUGUUUUCUUUGUCUUGCCUUCCUUUUUCUAUUGACAAAUUGUCCCAGUACCCCUAGUUCCAUCCCUUUCUCCAUACCUAGCUUGUCACUCUUCUGGUAUUCUCUGGAGCUUGGCAUGUGUAAUGUCCCCCACAUAGGGUCUGGUGCCAGAGUCUUUCCCUCUAGCUUAAUCUUGCCUACCUUCUCUGUGAAGUGUCUAGUUGUCAUGUAGACUGUGAUAACCCAAUAAAGUACAUUUGAGUUGAAA